AUGGUUAUUGCCCAUAAUCACAAUUCCCAAUCGACAUUCAAAUUAAAACUGAAUCAUAUGAGCGAUUGGACAGAUGAAGAAUCGGCAAAAAUACGGGCGAAAAUUGCCGUUGAGCCGAUCAAUUAUACACCAGUAAUGGAUGCAAGCCAACGACGAAUCAAUAAUGUGCCAGAUACUUAUGAUUGGAGAAAUCAAACUCGAGUACCUAAUGCAGUUACGCCAAUAAAAAAUCAACGCCAUUGUGGUUCAUGUUACGCCUUUGCUAUGGUCGGUGCCUUGGAAAAAACUUAUGCGCAAAUCUACAAUAGUAGUGGCCCAUUGAGUCCACAACAAUUAAUUGAUUGCUCCUAUGAAAAUGGAUGUGAAGGUGGUAGCUUCGUCGGUGUUUUCAAUUAUAUCCAUGGCAAUGGUGAUCGACUCAACUUGGAAAAAGAUUAUCCAUCAACACCAACAGGUUCCAAACAGGAUAAAUGCCAAAAUCCUGAUGGUCAAGUGCUGAGCACUAAUUCAACCUAUCAUCUUCAGUAUCGCUCAUUGCCGACAGAUAAUGAACAAUACAUGAAGCAAACCGUCUAUGAGCAAGGCCCAAUCUAUGUCUAUUACAAUGCUGGAAAGCGUGAAGGUAACGAUACGAUUCUUCGCGAAGCAUCGACCAAAUUCGAUCAUUAUGCAUCCGGUAUUUACGAUGUUCCGGGCUGUCCAACUCAUGAAAAUAUGAAUCAUGCUAUGGUCAUUAUUGGUUACGGAACAGAAAAUGGAACAGAUUAUUGGUUGGUGAAAAAUUCUUGGGGCACCUCUUGGGGUAAUGAAGGCUAUAUCAAAAUUAAACGAAAUGCCAACAUGUGUGGCAUUGCUACGUGGCCGUACUAUGCCGGAUUGUUUUGA